AUCAAAUUUAGAAUAAUAUUGAACGUUUUUAAUAAUUUUUGUAUGUAUAGUUGAACAUUUUAUAUUAUACCAAUUAGUGUCUAUUUAAAGUUCGAUCUUUUACCGAAAUCUAUCGUCAUGGAGACCUACGACGUUAUUGUUAAUCAGCCCGUUGUUAUUGACAAUGGUUCAGGUGCCAUCAAAGCAGGAUUCGCUGGUGAGCAAACACCAAAAUGUUGUUUUCCAAAUUAUAUUGGACGACCAAAACAUGUUAGAGUAAUGGCUGGAGCACUAGAAGGAGAUACAUUUAUUGGACCAAAAGCAGAAGAACAUCGUGGUUUGCUUUAUAUUAAAUAUCCUAUAGAACAUGGUAUAGUUACCGACUGGAAUGAUAUGGAAAGAAUAUGGCAGUAUAUAUAUGGCAGUGAUCAGCUUCAAACAUUUUCUGAAGAACAUCCUGUACUAUUAACUGAAGCGCCUCUUAAUCCACGAAGAAAUCGUGAGAGAGCAGCCGAAAUAUUUUUUGAAACUUUUAACGUUCCUGCUUUUUAUGUGUCUAUUCAGGCUGUUUUAAGUUUAUAUGCAACUGGUCGUACAACUGGAGUUGUUUUAGAUUCUGGUGAUGGAAUUACUCACACUGUACCAAUUUAUGAAGGUUUCGCUAUGAAACAUGGUAUUAUACGAUUAGAUUUAGCAGGCCGUGAUAUAUCACGUUAUCUUAAAUUAUUAUUAAGAAAAGAAGGGUUAAACUUUUCUACAUCAGCAGAAUUUGAAGUGGUUAGAGCAAUUAAAGAAAAAGCUUGUUAUGUUGCAUUAAGUCCAGUUAAAGAGGAAACUUCUGAAAGUAAUAUAUAUCAAUACAUGUUACCUGAUGGAAAUAAAGUUGAUAUUGGACCAGCUCGUUUCCGUGCUCCAGAAGUUUUAUUCCAUCCAGACUUAAUUGGUGAAGAAUGUGAAGGUUUGCACGAAGCAUUAGUAUAUUCAAUACAAAAAUCAGAUUUAGAUGUGCGAAAAAAACUAUAUCAAAGUAUUGUUCUUGCUGGAGGUUCAACUUUAUUGUCUGGAUUUGGUGAUAGGUUAUUAUCAGAAAUAAAGAAAUUAGCUCCUAAAAAUAUGAAAUUAAAGAUUUUAGCGCCACAAGAACGUUUGUACACGACGUGGAUCGGAGGUUCCAUCCUUGCGUCGUUGGGCACUUUCCGCCGGAUGUGGGUGUCGAAGAGAGAAUUUUUCGAAGAAGGUGCACGGGUGAUCCACAGAAAAACGAUGUAAUUCCCGUCGAAACCAAGUAACCACUCAACACUAUCCCGUUUACGACCCUUGGUCAGGCAUCGCACGCGCAAUAGGUGUUCUACCCCGCAACGGUCGUACGCGUGGACCAUCAUCAGUUAUCGCAUUUCUAAACGUCGUCCCAUAAAACGGAAAAUAUACUGCUCUAUUCCGUGCAACCGUGUAUUGCGUACACAAAUAUACACAUACACGCACGCACAAAAGUAUUUUUAUUAUAUUUCCUUUUUAUAUGUAUAACAUCGUUUUAUCGUGAUUCGUCGUGAUCUUUAGCUCUUUCUUUUUUACAAAAAUAAAAAACAUAAAAUAUAA